UUUGGUUGCUCUGGGUCUGAAGGAGCCGCUCGUGUUUCCUGGUUUGCGCUGUGACCCGCUGCCGGGAGGGGUGAGGAGAUCAAGGAGAGCUCGGAAUCCGCCAUGGAUGCAGUGACCUAUGAGGAUGUGCAUGUGAACUUCACUCAUGAAGAGUGGGCUUUGCUGGAUCCUUCCCAGAAGAGUCUUUACAAAGAUGUGAUGCUGGAAACCUACUGGAACCUCUCUGCUAUAGGUUACAAAUGGGAAGACCACAAUAUUGAAGAAAAUUGUCAAAGUUCUAGAAGACAUGGAAGGCAUAUCAACUGUCCCUCUGGAUACAAGCCAUGUGAACAUGAGGAAUAUGGAAAGAACCAAUAUACCUCUCUUUCUCCCGGAACAAUUAGAAGAUAUGUUAUAGUCACUACUAUGAGAAAACAUGAUGACUGUGAUACAAGUUUAUACUCUAACAUUGGAGAAAACCCUUAUGAGUACAAGGAAUAUGGAGAUUCAUCUGUCUCUACUGGUUCAUUUUGCACAUAUAGUAUUACUCACGGUAUAAGAAAAUGUUAUGCAUGCAAUCAGUGUGUUAAAAACCUGAAUUCUUGCAAUUAUUUUCAAAGACAUGAAAAAAUUCAUUUCGGAAGAGGAAUUGAUAAAUGUGAACUUUGUCCUGAGGAUUUUAGCCAUCACAGAUAUCUUCAAACACACAAAACAACCAAUAAUGAAAAGAAUACCUAUGAAUGUAAACAACAUGAUAAAACCUUUAGAUAUGAUUCCUCUUUAAAAUUAGAACAAAUGACUCAUUUGGAAGGAAAACCCUAUGAAUAUGAGCAAAGUGAUAAAGUAUCUGCAUGUCAUAGUCUUUAUCAAGUACAUAGAACUCAUAAUAGAGAAAAAAUGUAUGAAUACCAGCAAUGUGAUAAAGCCUUUUCAAGUCCCUGUUAUCUUCAAAUAUAUAAAAGAAUUCAUACUGGAGAGAAGCCCUAUGAAUGUAAUCAGUGUGGUAAAGCCUUUGUACAGAAGAGUAAUCUUCAUAGGCAUGAACGAAGUCAUACUGGAGUAAAACGCUAUGAAUGUAUUCCAUGUGGUAAAGCCUUUGCACACAAGUAUAAGCUGCUCAUUCAUGAAAGAAUUCAUACUGGAGAGAAACCCUAUGAAUGUAAUCAAUGUGGUAAAGCCUUUGCAGAGAAGUGUAAUCUUCGAAGUCAUGAAAGAAGUCAUACUGGAGAGAAGCCCUAUGAAUGUAACCAAUGUGGCAAAGCCUUUGCACAGAAGAGUUCUCUUCACAGUCAUGAAAGAAUUCAUUCUGGAGAGAAACCCUAUGAAUGUAGUCAAUGUGGUAAAGCCUUUGCACAGAAGAGUAAUCUUCUCAUUCAUGAAAGAAUUCAUACUGGAGAGAAACCCUAUGAAUGUAAACAAUGUGGUAAAACCUUUGCACAGAAGAGUAAUCUUCUUAGUCAUGAAAGAAGUCAUACUGGAAAGAAACCCUAUGAAUAUAGUCAAAGUGUUACAUUCUUUACACAGAAGAAUCUUCUCAUUCAUGAAAGAAAUCAUACAAGAGAGAAACCCUAUGAAUGUAAUCAAUGUGGUAAAGCUUUUGCAAGGAAGAGUCAUCUUCUCAGUCAUGAAAGAAUUCAUACUGGGGAAAAACCCUAUGUAUGUAAUCAGUGUGGUAAAGCCUUUGCACAUAAUAGUCAUCUUCACAGUCAUGAAAGAAUCCAUACUGGAGAGAAACCCUAUGAAUGUAACCAGUGUGAUAAAGCAUUUGCACGUAAAAGUCAUCUUCGAAGGCAUGAAAGAUGUCACACUGGAGAGAAACCCUAUGGAUAUAAUCAGUAUGGUAGAGACUUUGCAUUUAACAGUCCCCUUCAAAUAAAAGAAAACUCAUACUGGAGACAGACCCUAUGAAUGUAAUCAAUGUGGUAAAGACUUUGCACAGAACAGUCAUUUUCACAGUCCUGAUAGAAAUCAUAAUA